CGGGAAACGCCGCGAGACAUCGCCCUCCCUUCCUUUUUCCCCCGGGGCUGCUGAGGGCCGGCGGGAAGCCGCGGGGUUGUCCGGCCGGGGCUGUCCCGGGCUCUUCCCCUGUGUCCCCGCCUCGGGCUUUCCCCGGCGGAAAGACGCCGUCCCGCCGUUUCCUUCUCCUCCCGCUGAGGGCGGGCGCUCCCGGCCUGCGGGAAGUUUCUCUUUGGGAGGUUGACCGUGGUGCGAUGCCGCCGAAGGGUCGAGGCAGGGGCAAGCUGCCGGUUCCUCUCCCGAAGGACAUGAUCCUGAAAGACACAGAAGGAAAAGGCUGGAGGCUGGGCAGUCAGAUAGGCCAGGGAGGGUUUGGCCUGAUCUACUUAGCUUCUCCUCAAACUCAUGUUCCUGUAGAAGAUGAUGCAGUGCAUGUAAUUAAAGUGGAAUAUCUUGAAAAUGGCCCCUUAUUUUCUGAACUGAAAUUUUACCAGAGGGCUGCAAAACAAGAGCAUAUAAGAAAAUGGAUGGAUCUCAAAAAAAUAAGGUGUUUAGGAAUUCCAGUGUUUUGGGGAUCAGGCUUGGCUGAGUACAAGGGAAAAAGCUAUAGAUUCAUGGUCAUGGAGAGACUGGGGGAAGACCUUCAAAGAAUCUUUCAAGAUUGUGGAAGCAGAUUUAAGAGGGACACCGUUCUGCAACUUGGGGCACGAAUGUUGGAUACUUUGGAAUAUAUACAUGAAAAUGAGUAUGUUCAUGGUGACAUUAAAGCAGCAAAUCUACUUUUGGGCUACAACAAUCCACAUGAGGUUUAUCUUGCAGAUUAUGGACUUUGCUACAGAUAUUGUCCCAAUGGGAACCACAAACAGUAUCAGGAAAAUCCUAGGAAGGGCCAUAAUGGGACAAUAGAGUUUACCAGCAUAGAUGCCCAUAAGGGAGUAGCUCCAUCCAGACGAGGCGACCUUGAAAUCCUUGGCUACUGCAUGCUGCAAUGGUUAUGUGGGAAGCUACCCUGGGAACAGAACCUGAAGGACCCUGUAGCUGUCCAGAUUGCAAAAACAAAACUUAUGGAUGAGCUCCCAGAUUCAGUGAUGGAAUGGGAUUCUUCUGGAAACAGCUGUGAAAUAUCCAGAUUUUUGGCAUGUGUUUAUGGCUUAGCUUAUGAUGAGAAGCCGAAGUAUCAAGUGCUCAAGAAAAUCCUGCUUGAUGGACUAGGGUCCAGUGGAACUCGCUACGAUGGUCCUCUGGAAUUUUCCACUGCAGCAUGCACACGAAAUCACCGUACUGACCAAGUGUCAAAAGUUCAGUCACCAAAGCCUGUGCCAAGAGCAGUUCAGCAGAAGCAAAAAAAGAUGGAAGGUGAAGAACGCAUCUAUCAAAACAAAGCCUGUACUGGGGUAACAGGCAAACAAGUCAAAGAUGAACAAAAGCCAAAUCACUUCAGUGGGAUGCUUCACCAAACAGAGUGUCAACAGGUUCACGUACCGAAACCAGCACAACAGAAGCGAAGCAAGGUAAAGGAGGAAGACCAUAACUGCCUGCGCAGGCCUCAUGCUCUGGGAACACACCAGCAACUCCAGGCUGAAGAGAGGACCGUUAAGUUUCACACUUCAUCUAAGGAACCUGACCACCCACAAAAGGUUCAUGUACCAAAACCAGCACAACAGAAGCAAAGCAAGGUAAAAGAGGAAGACUAUAACUGCCUGUGCAGGCCCCGUGCUCUGGGAACACACCAGCAAUUCCAAUCUGAAGAGAAGACUGUUAAGUUUCGCACUGCGACUGAGGAGCCCAACCAUCCACAAAAGAAAGACACUGCAAGAGCAUCACUGUCAUUCAACCCUCAAGCAAUGUUCUCAGUAUCCAAAAAGAAACACGAUCAACUCUUAAAUACAGAUUAUCAAGUAUUAUUGCAAGAAACUGGUUCUGACACUUUUCCUUCUCUAUCUGUUCUAUUCAGACUUGCAUUUACUAACCAAACAUACCCCUACAGUAUAGCCAUACUUGUACUUCUGGUACUGAUACUGCUUUCCUUGUGUUUUCUCUGAUGCCACAGUUUUAGUUAGUGCCUUCAGCGAAAAUGGAGCGUUGUUCCUGUCACACAGUUUUUCUCAGAGUUUCUUCAUUGAAGUUUUCAGUGUCAGCAGCUUGGAAAAGAGUUUUUUAAAAAAUUCUGUCAAUACUUAUGUUUUCAAGGCAAGUUGUCUUAAACUUUCCAAACCUGUGCUCAAUAUUUAUGUUUGCACUAAACUAUCUGUACGAGACUGUGUCGUGUUACCAAUGUCUGGACUCUUACUUUUUUUUUUUUUAAACUGGACCUUUGUUACAGCAACAUUAAAAAAUCAUGAAAUACAAAGGGGUGUGAUGUUUAGUUAUUCUAACACUGGGAUGUUGGUAACUGGUGUGUGGCUAUCUUUAUUCUGUUUCAGAAAAUCUUAAGUUAAAUGCUGAUGGAUUAAAUGCAAGGGAAUUUAAAGUUUUCCUCUACUGCAAAAUUGAAGAUCGUAGCCACAAAUUCUAUUUUCCAACAAAAUUUAUUAUGUUUUUUGCCUUUAUCUAACUUACCACACACUAUUUAGUUCAAUCA